CUCACAAAUGGCUUCUGCUCGUCAACUCCUCUCUCUCAUUCUUCUCAUUUCUACUCUGUUAACAUUCUUCUUCACUUCCCCAUCUCAUUCUUCGUCAGAUGUUUUUUCUGGUGUUUCAGUUUCAUCAGUUGAUCCCAACAGAGUUACUCUGUCUGUUUACUAUGAAACUCUCUGUCCAUAUUGCUCCAACUUCAUUGUACGUGACUUGCUGAAAAUCUUUGAAAAUGGACUCAUUUCAAUAGUUAAUCUCAGGAUGAUCCCUUGGGGCAACGCUGUGCUCAGACCAGACAAAACCUUCCAAUGCCAGCAUGGCCCUGCUGAAUGCGUACUUAAUACUGUGGAAGCCUGUGUCAUCAACAUCUAUCCCCGUGUGGAUAUGCAUUUCAGAUUUAUUUACUGUGUUGAGUAUCUAGCCUUGGAGGGAAAGCAAGCUGAGUGGGCUUCUUGUUUUGACAGAUCACAGCUUGGUAAGGUGCCUAUUGACUGCUACACUAGUGGAUAUGGAAACCAGCUGGAACUCAAAUAUGGUGAAGAAACUGCACUUCUUAAUCCUCCUCAUACAGGUGUGCCAUGGGUUGUAGUGAAUGAUCAACCACUGAAAGAGGACUACAACAACUUUGUAGCAUAUGUCUGCAGGGCUUAUAGAGGCGGUAAUGUGCCAGAGGCUUGCAGGCCAUUUCAGCUUAGCAUCAAUUCGACUGUGGAGGAAAAUCCAAUCAAUCCACUUUGCUAUGUUAAUGAGGCAAAAAACUUUACCACUUCAUCUCCAGGAAAGAAAAUCACAAAUUUGUAAUAAGCUUUAUGGACAU